AUGCCGUUGAUACUUUCCAGAGCCCGGACUUCCGGUAGGACGAUCGAUCUGGGCCUUGCUUCCAGACUCGGCCGUCCGGUCUCCGCCGGCGCUCGCCCGCGUUCAACUCCAUGGAACAAACCGGUGCCGAGUUCGCCGGUGACAGCUCGGCGGCAUGCAAGUAAUGAUGUUAAGAAUGCGCACGCAGACAGCAGCUCGCUUUCACAGCAAUCCAUCGCGGAUAUUCGACUGAAGAACGAGUUUGAGGAGAACAGAGAUAUCAGGCUUUAUUUACGAAAAUGGCAGGAUAUUACUCCGAACGUUUUGGAUCCCGUUCGCCACAUCGAAAUGGUAAACACAUCAGAGCACCAGGCGCCGUGGGUUGGAAAUAUGAUCAACUUCGGCUCACAAGAAACCGAUGCGACAGAGGAUAUACUCCGGCAGACAGAGGAGGAUAUGUCCGAAUUUCUUGACAUUGCUGAUGCGGGAGAGGGUAUGCAUGAUUACUUGGAACCGGGUGACCUGGUAGCUUUCAAGACCCUUGAUGAGGUGUUGAGAUUUAAUAUCUAUGUCCGGUCCGUCGAAAAGCAACAACAAUUCUACACGAGCAAGGGGAAAUGGCGCAUUGCCAAUUCGAAAGAUAUCGAUUUCGUGGUGAAGGGGUUUGCGACGGCGGCCGAUGUAGCCCCGUUGCUUCGGCAUUUUCCAGAUACCAUCGCUGAGCUUCAGCCCGAGAUGCAAUCUGCGAUCGAGGGUGGAGUGCCACGGGAAGCGGGGGCUCAUCUCCUCCAGAUGGUUGGCGAUUUUGCUUCGCAGGUCCACGAACUUUACCUCGCCAAUUGCACUCGCUUCGACAGCAUUCACGACAUAGUCGCCGACGACGAGAAGCAACUGCAAAUGUCUUUGGAUGAGCUCGCUUGCAAGACACUGGAAAUUGAGCCUGACCAACUGAAUGAUGUGAUCCGUUAUGCCGUUCACCAGGCAGCCCGCCAGUUCCCCUUCUUAAUCGAUAAAGACCGAAGUACCAUGUUCACCAAUCAAUAUGUCAUUUAUCCUGUUCCGUUUUCAACGGUACUUGAGAAGGUCAUGACUUGGUAUCACGAGCACCAGCGCUUGCUCGUCUCUACAUCUUCGGGCUCCGGAGAUUCCAUAGAACUAAGAAAUAACCCGGUGCAAAGAUUCGUCAUCAAAGCACAGCGAUUGAUCCGACAGAGCCGGAAGUUCCGAUCACCGACUACGGUGGGUAAUGUAGGCCCGUCAUCGCAUCGCUUUCUUCCUGGACAGGACAACAACCCGGCGUCGUAUCGGGAAAUGCCUACUGAAGCUUUCACCGGCAGUGAUAAGCUUAUUCUCAGAUUCCUGCAGCUUUGGUGCACUCCCCCGAGGAGGAUGUCCUCCGCUGCUUUACGGUCCGCUGGCUCACAUAUCCUACGUUCAACGGUCAUGUAUAGUGGGGUCGAGCUAAACGCGGGAACGGCUGCUUUGUUACUGCAGGAGCUCGGGGUGUUUACGCCGUGGGAGAACUUGAACGUCUUGGAUCAAGAUUUGGGUCUUCCCGGACAUGGAACUCAUUCUAAUGCUUUGUGGAGCGAGGUUCAGCAGGAAUGCGAUAAGCUCGAGAAGCAUGGACUCCAUGAUAAGAUGAAGAAAAUGCGGAAAGACUGGGGCAAGCUGCCCGUGUAUUGUGUUGACGCAGUCGAUGCGGAGGAGAUUGACGACGGUGUCUCCCUUGAGCGCAUUCCAGGGUCGGACGAUACGUUCUGGAUCCGUGUCCAUGUUGCUAACCCAUCUGCAUUUAUCGACGCCAACGGCACGAUCAUGGACUAUGCAGCCUCUCGGAUGCAAACGGUCUACGUUCCAGAAAGGACCUAUCCAAUGUUGCCAAAAAGUCUGACACAGAAUCAUUUCAGUUUGGCACCUGGCCGGCCUUCCUUGACAUUUAGCGCCAAGAUGAACCUGAAGGGCGAGCUUUUGGAUACGGAGGUAGCCAAUGGUGUUGUCCGGAAUGUCAUUUAUCUCACACACGACAAACUCCGCAGCGCCUUUGGGGUUAACCCAUCAGAGUCCAUGGCACCAUUAACUGUGGGAGGGCAGAUUGCGGACCAAGCUGCGCGUACCGGUCUACGUGAUAAGCUAUCUCCUGAAGACGAAGACACGUUCCACACUCUACGACAGAUCAUGCUCGCAUUCCGCGAACAGCGCCGUAAUAGUGGCGCCAUGGAAUUGCCCCAAUCCUUGGAGACACGCGUUUCAGUCAGCGCUGGAAAUGUGCGCAUGAAACCGAACGACGUACAACUAGAACACGCAGGCUACAUGCUAGGCGACCCGAUUAUCAAACUAUGCCCGCAAAAGAAAGAUCCCCACGAAAUCCUAGAUAUGACCAAACACGACCUCAUCUCCACAAUAAUGAACCUCGCCUGCUGGGUCUCCGCCAAGUGGUGCGCAGAACGCAGCAUCCCAACCGUAUAUGACGGUACCUACUACCACCCCGAAUACACACCCGUAACAAAGGACAACAUCUCCGAAUACGGCGGCCAGGGAUACCUCCAACUCGCCGCCCCUCGAGGUGUCUCAUCAUCCCACCCACUCCCCCACACCCCUCUCGGCCUCGACGCAUACGCCAAAACAACCAGCCCCCUGCGCCGCUACACCGACCUCAUAGCCCACUACCAGAUCGAAGCCGCGCUCCGCUUCGAGCACAAGCACGGCCGUCGCAUCAACGCUCAAACAGACACAGACACAGACACAGACAACUCCUCAGUCCUCCCAUUCUCCCGCGACGCGGUAGAAGAGUACAUCUCGCAAUCCCGCUGGAAACGCAACCGCAUCCGCAGCGUCGACCAAGCAUCCAAGCAGUUCUGGGCUUGCAUGCUGCUCUUCCGCGCGUUCUAUUUCGGCGAGUGCGAGCUGCCAAAGACCUUCGAGUGUAUCGUGCACAGACCGUUUAACCAGACGCUGCUGGCCGGGGGCGGAGCGCCGUUCGAUAAUGUGCACAUGGGCCAGAUUACCUCGCUGGGUGUGCGCUGCUCCAUCACGGCGCCGCCGGAGAUGACUGAUGUUGAUAUUCUGAGCGUGGUGGAGGCCAAGAUUACCGGUGUUAACCCGGCGCGUGCGAUUGUUACGAUGGAGGCGACGCGGGUCGUUAGGCCGUUUAGGCGUGUGGGAGACUGGGCGUGA